GCCAUUUUGAAAUUCAUAACGAGGCUGAAAUGUAUUGAUAUGUGCGACAGAGAUGGCCCUUGAAGACGAAGACCAGCACAGUGAUAAUGGUGCUGAUACUGACAACGACAAUAACAAUGAUUUCUGCAUUUCACCACGGGAAAAGCCAAUGAUCCAUCCUGCUGUGGAGCCCCCACUCUGUGAGGCAUGCCAGAAGCAGGAAAUGGUAUUCUUUGACCCCAGUUGUCCAGGGUGCCUGGAUGUGGUGAUGAACCCAGCAACAACUAUAGCAGAGAUAUUUGCUAUUCUCAGACAAUGGACUCCGCAAACACAACAGAAUGUGGAGUUGUUUAUCAAAGAGAUUAUAAAAAGGGGAGCCAACAUUAAUGACCAUGAUGGCUUGACUGAUAUGACCCUGCUUCAUUAUGCUGCCAAGUCAGGGACAAGUGGCAUAGGGGACGUCAAGGUAGCCUGCAGUGUGGUCAACUACCUGCUGGACAAAGGGGCAGAUACAAACAUUAGAUGUCGCUGGACAGCUAUGACAGCUUUACACUAUGCAGUCUACUUUGAUGUGGCACCUGUAGUGAAAAUAUUACUGGAGGCAUCAAAGGCUUUGGAUGUGGACAACCUUUGUGCAGAGUUUGAGCAGGGCACACCUCUGCACAUUGCGGCCACCAACCUGUCCCUGGACUCUGCUGGUGUUCUCCUGGAGCAUGGAGCCAAUCCUCAGGCUAAGGACAGUCUGGGGAGGACAGCCAUUGAUUGUAUCCCUGAACUGAGCUCUCUGGAUGGCAACCAAGAGUUAGGGAAGAAAGCACUGAAGCUAAGGAAGAUGUUGAUGGAGGCAGAGCCCACAUUACCCAAACUACCACCUCCAAACUAUGACAGCAUACAGAGCAAAGUUACUUUGCAAGCAAUGGGAUUGAAGAUUGGGGAUAAGAUUGUAGUAGGAGGAGUCAAGACUGGCUUCCUAAGAUACUGCGGUCCAGCAGAGUUUGCCACAGGGAUUUGGGCUGGUAUUGAGUUAGAGGAGGCAGAGGGAAAGAAUGAUGGAAGUGUAGGAGGAAUCUCAUAUUUCAAGUGUUCACCUAAGCAUGGUAUAUUUGCACCAAUUUCAAAAAUCUCAAAACCAGGAGUUACCACUCCAAGAAGUGGUCGCCUUACACCAGGCAAGAAAAAUAUCAACUAUGGUACUCCAGAUCUGUCAAGGGUAACAUCUAAGAUUGAUACAGGCUUAAAGACCAAGUCCAGAUCUGGAACACCAUCAGAAGGAGGUGAAGCAGAGUUAGAUGACAGGGUGAUAGUGGCAGGACAGAGAAAGGGCACUGUCAGAUAUGUUGGAGAAACCAAGUUUGCACCAGGGACCUGGUAUGGAAUAGAACUGGACAGGCCAGCAGGGAAGAAUGAUGGGUCGGUGAAUGGGGACAGAUACUUCACUUGCAAGCCAAAGCAUGGAGUCUUUGCCCCAAGUAGCAGGGUCCAAAAAGUUCCAGCCUACAUGGGUUCCACAGAAUCACUGGAUUCCUUAGGGGGAGCUUUUGCACUGAAUGAGGGUCAACGUAGUCGCAGUGGCAGCCAGUCUAGCAUAGCAAGUAUUGGGACUCCCAGGUCUAGAACACCAGUUAGUCGCAUGUCCAGUCCAGCUAGGUCUUCAAGGUCAUCAAGGUCAUCUAGAUCAAAGUUUAGUCCUCGGUAUCAGCGUCCCCGAAGUGCAGGUACACAAAAGAGAGUAUCUCUAAACAACGCAACAACAGGGGAAUUUCGCCUGACAGAAGGAAUGAGCGUCUUCUGCAACAAUGAACUAGGCAUCAUUCGCUACAUUGGUCCAACAGAUUUUGCUGAUGGUGUCUGGCUUGGCGUUGAACUAAGAACACCCAAGGGCAAGAAUGAUGGAGUUGUCAAUGGAAAAAGAUAUUUUCACUGUAAAAUGAAUCAUGGGUUACUGGUGAGACCCAGCAAGGUGACUGUUAGGGGCAUAAAUGGAGCAAAACUGCUUGGUGAGGCUCACUUGGCAGAUCUCAAGUAGUUAUGUAUAAGAGUAAAUUCACUUGUGAUGGUUUGGUUGUGAAUGGAUUAAUAGAAGGGACAACUGCUGUUGCUUGGUCAACCAGAACAACUUCUUCCAUAAAAAUUGAUAUUUUCAUGUAUGUUUAGAACAAUUCAAAUCACUCAUUUUAAAUUAAGGUAUUUUAACUUAAUUUAUUGGAUAUUUAUGUUCAAAAUGAGAAAAUAUUAUUCAAUAUUUUAUGCAGCAUACAAUCAACUUGUUAUAUUUUACAUAUCUUCAUGUCUUUCUUACAACUCUUUUUAAGGCAGGGUUAUUUUCUUGUGGCCAGAGAAUGACUUUUAUAUCUGUUAAGUUUUUUUUUUUCAACUAGAUCUAGAGUGUUAAUCUAAGGAUAUAUGUUCUCUUUGGGUAUUUCUGUGUUUUUGAAAAAAUCUUUUUGAUAUUUUCAUUGCCGUCCUUAUCUGUUUGAACCAAAGAAUUUUUGAUU